AUGGGAGCAGUUCUCGCACGUGCACGUACUCGAAACAGCGCCCCACCGCGAUGGCGGGGACCACAGCCGGGCGGUCGGGUUGCCGGCUUCGUGGAGUUGUACUACAACCGCGUAAGAAACCCCCGCAGCACUCCGGUGGUGAUUUUUGAGAUUGUGGAUGUUGCCGAAAACAAUCUGCCGGGUGACGGAAAGGACUUGCAAGACCUGUCGUGGAAUAAGACGGUGGUCAGGCUGAGGCCCGAGCGAUGCCCGUGCGACGAAUUGCAUGAAGGUGAUUUUAAGGGUCCGCCAAUUCUAAAGGAACCGUGGCGAUGGCUUCCUCUUCUCUGCGCUGUAAUAUCAAUCUGCUGGACGUGCAGGCUGACCGUUAACGCGGAGGAGAUGGAAAAACUCCUGCUAAACCUCUGGGGGUCCGUCUUGCUGCUACUCCUGGCAGUCGGCCUGAUCUUUUGUGGCGAUUUGGCUCGGCUGCGCCAAUGGCGUCGACACCGGAAAACCUAUGAUAUUGACGUGAUUUUGAUG